UCCACCCUCUAUGUCUAUGGCGCUGACCUGGCUGGGCCGAGCGGUGCAAGAAUCGCUCGCUCCGAAUUUGCAGCGUCUCGGUUAGACCGCCGGGGAGCGGCGGGCGUCGUAAGAGGGCCAUUGCGACCCGAUUGCCCGCAUCUAAAGUAUAAUAGUAAGAAGAGGAUCCCUACUUUACGGCUCCCUCAGUCAAAAGAGGGGAGAAAGAAAAGCUUUUUCCUCAACGGAACUGGCUUCCCGGAGCGGGAUUUGCUGGAUGUAGGGUGAGCAUUACUGGCCUAGAUGUAGGGAAUGGGUAUGAGGUUUCUUCCGGACGUUCAGCCUCCGCCCUCCCGUGCCUGAAAGGGCGUUGGAAAAAUUCCUGUCCUUUGCCUCCCAAGCCAGCGAAGCCAUCCAGGAUGAGAGUAUAAAGCAGGAAAAUGGUGACGUGAUGUCAUCAAGAAAUUUUGGUGAAAGGAAACAUUGAACCAGCUGAGCUUUCUGAAGACACCUGCAAAAACUGAAGCAUUUUGAUUAUCAUGGAGAAUUACAAUGUACUAAUGGAACUUGGGGAAGGAUCAUUUGGUAGAGUCCUCUUAGUCCAGCAUAAAAGCACAAGACAGAAAUAUGCAAUGAAAGAGAUAAGACUUCCCAGGUCUGUCUUCAAUAUAGAAAAGUCCUGGAAUGAAUCUAUAAUAUUGGCUAAAAUGAAUCAUCCAAAUAUUGUGAUGUAUGCAGACUCUUUUGAAGCUGAUGGACAUUUGCAUAUAGUGAUGGAAUAUUGUGAUGGCGGAGAUCUCCUACAAAAGAUUAAAUUUCAGAAGGGGAAAUUGUUUCCUGAAGAUAUAAUACUUAAAUGGUUUGCACAGAUGUGUUUGGGUGUAAAUUAUAUUCAUGAGAAACAUAUAUUGCACAGAGACAUCAAAUCAAAGAAUGUAUUUCUUACACAAAAUGGGAAAAUAAAACUGGGAGACUUUGGAUCUGCAGUUCUUCUUAAAAGCCCCAUGGCAUAUGUUUGUUCAUAUGUAGGAACCCCUUACUAUGUGCCUCCAGAAAUUUGGGAGAAUAUGCCAUACAACAAUAAAAGUGAUAUUUGGUCUUUGGGCUGUGUUUUAUAUGAGCUGUGCACCUUAAAACAUCCAUUUCAGGCUAAGAGUUGGAAACAUCUUAUACUUAAGACAUGUAAAGGAUACUACAAUCCACUUCCAUCACACUAUAGCUAUGAACUUCACUAUUUAAUAAAGCAGAUGUUCAAGAUGAAUCCCAAAUACCGUCCAUCAGCUAGUACAAUUCUUGCAAGAAAAUGUCUGGCAAAAUGUAUUGGACAAUCUUCACUACCAGAGAAGGAGGAUGGCACGUAUGCAGGAAGCAAGAAUUCAAAGACAGAAGUCAUAUCCAAGAACUUCAGUGAAAUGGAAUUGAAGAAAACAAGUGUGGAUGAAAAAGAGCCUCAUAGACAAAAAUGGGAAAAAGGAAGAUGCAGUACGGUGAUCAAAAUUUUAGAAAAUGCUUCUUUACUUUCUUCCAGUAUUGCAUCCAAGGAGGACACAGGUGGCUGUGUGAGAAAAUAUGAUGAAAAUGUCAAACGUAAACAGUGGAAUAAGGAACCUUCACAGACUUUGAUGAAUAUUCUUGACAAUGCUGAUGUUAGCUUAGCUUUUAAGACAUACACAAUCCACAAAGCAGUUUCAGAUGACCUACUGAGAGGACCACUCACAGGAGAGAAUGAUGCAUCUGAUGAACCAGAUGGUGAAACUUUUAUGGAGGAUGCAGAGAGACUUGAACCUAGAUCAGAUGAAGAGGACACGGAUUUUGAAGCAGAAGAUGAUCCAGACUGGAUUUCUGAAUUGCAAAAGAUGGAACUGAAGAAAGAACUACCAAUACAUAAUCCAGUAUCAGUGCAAAAAUAUUGCUGAACCAUUUCAGAAACUAGCAGCAACAAGCUAAUUGAUACAUAAUAAUUUCACACAUAUUUCUUUGAGGAAGAAAAUUUAAUUUGGGAUAUUUUUUGAUAGGUAUAGCAAUUACAUUCUUCUUAAAGAUACUAAAAUAAACACUUUUACCCAGAAUUUUUUAUUCCAUAUAGAAAUAUUCUGUCAAAAUCGGAAAUACGUCAAAAUCAGAAAUACACUGUAUUAGAGGACCGACUAGGAUUAGCACAGUCUGAGAUAUAGAGAGCAAGAUAUGACUUUCAUGUUGUUCAGUGGUGCAAUUCAAAAAUUCCCAAGCCAUGCCCAUGGUUCUGUGGGCAUGGCUUGAUGGGCGUGGCAGGGGAAGGAUACUGUAAAAUCUCCAGUCAGAGGUGGUAUUUGCCAGUUCUCCAAACUAAUCAAAAUUUCCACUACUGGUUCUCCAGAACUGGUCAGAACCUGCUGAAUACCACCUCUGAUGUUGUUCCUCUCUGUCUUUUCAUAUUCCUGGGCCUUUGGGAGUGCCGGAGGGAAGAUUGAGACUGGAUUUCAGAAUAUGGCAAAAUCUAGAUAAAAAUUAGCAUUAAUUAUAUCUCAUCUUUUUAUUUAUGUGUUUUGCAAUUGUUAAUAAACUUGCUCAUUUCAAAUCUUCCUAAUUUCCAAAAUGAUAUGUCUUUCCUCAGUGUGAUUUCAGGAGCUGUGACUUUCAUCUAUUUCUGCUUCUUGUGGUUCAGUUAUAUAAUUUAUAUUCAUUGAAUGCAGUUAGGGAGCUGGUGCUAUUUAUCCCAGUCCCAGACAGGAAACCUAAGGAGGACUUAAACAGUUGGUUCUCAACAGGAUAGAUGUUGGCAGCAUAAUCACCAAGCAAACAACCCUGCCAUUACAGUGGUGUCCUAUCAGGAUUUUUGCAAAGGAAUCUAGUUAUCCCUCCACAGUCUGCCUAUUUGUUUAUUUCAAACAUUUAUAUAGCUUCUCAUCUUAUAUUAAACAGCUUACAGUUAAUAAAUAAACA